UGGGCCGCGAGGAAGUCGCAAGAUGGCCGAUGUCGCUUGGAAGUAAGGUUCCCCUCCGCAAUAUGAGCAAGCCGUGAGCGUGGACGACAGCGAGGGAGCCACAAUCGGGCUUUUCUUUUCAUUUCCUUUCUUUUUAUUCCGUUAAACAUCCAUCUCAUUCCUUCCGCGUCCAAAUCACGCCGGGGACCCUGCCAGCCAGCCAGCAGCAGCAGCUAGCCACACACACACGCACACACAGCAAAUACAAGCACAGCCACGCAGACACGACGACGUGUGCGUUGCGCGUUGAUUCUAGUUCGUAUUUUAAAGCGGGCCACCCAAAUGCGGAAACGUAACCCGGUUUUGAGUUGACUGUACGGGGGGAAAAAAUGGUCGCUGUCAGUUGAAACAGUUGAGCUAGCCGCUCGGUUUAACAUGUCCGCGAAGUGGCCAUCCAGCUCGGCUAACUAGUAGUGCGCAGUUUCGCAUCCAUUUCAUGUGUGGGCAUUUCUCGGCCACUUUUUGACACCACCGCGGGGGCGACUGUGUCUUCGGGAGCUAGCGAUGUUGUGGAUGGAGUAAAAACUGACAACCAGUCGUAGCUACACUGGCCUUGUGGGCCAGAAUCCACAGAGAUGGACACGGCACUCCGCAGCCACGACUAGAUCUAAAUUUGACUCUUAUUUUUGACUGGGGGGUGGUGGACGUAACUCAUCAGCCACAAUCACACGGGUGAUUCGUCUCGUCACUCGUUCGGGUGCGGGCUUCUUGGCAGGCUAAAGCCACCCCACUUGUCACUACUUCGGUCGGGAGACGGUUAGCUCGCAGUCGCCUAGCUCGUCUCGCCCCUCAUCCCGUUGCAAACACGGCGUACCGAACGUAUUCCGAGCCCGCUCCCGGCCACACGCACAGGCUCAACACCACCGUCAUGGGCGUGCAGGGCUUCCAGGAGUAUCUGGAGAAGCGAUGUCCCGGCGCCGCGGUGCCCGUGGACCUGCUCAAGCUCGCCCGUACCGCGGCCCGCCAGCCCCCUCACCACCAUCACCACCCUCACCCUCACCACCUGCACCACCCCGGGCCCAUGCCUCCCCCGCCUCCGCCGCCCCCGCCCGCCAGGAUCCUCGUCGACGCCGACUCCGGCCUGCAGCGCCUCUACGGCGGCUACCAGACGGACUGGGUGUGCGGCGGCCAGUGGAACGCCAUGCUGGGCUACCUGGCCGCCCUGUCGCAGGCCUGUUUGUUCCAGGGGGGCCUGGAGCUGGUGGUGGUGUUCAACGGCACGCUGGGGAAGGAGCGCUGGCCCGAGUGGGCGCGGCGAGCUCAGGGCCAGCGGCAGACUGCGCAACUCAUCGUCAACCACGUCGGCAGCAAGGCCACACCGCCUCCCCGAGCAUGGUUCCUGCCCCCGGCCUGCCUCAGCCACUGUAUCCGCCUCGCCAUGUUCCGCUUCCGAGUGAGGGUUGUACAGACUUUGGAGGAUCAUCACCAGGAAGUGCUGUCUCUCUACAGGGACUAUGGAUUCGCUGGCCUGAUCGCUCAGGAUUCAGAAUUUGCGUUGUGCAAUGUGCCCGCCUAUUUCUCCUCACACGCGCUCAAACUGAGCUGGAAUGGCAAAAACCUGACCACACACCAGUAUCUGCUGUCUGAAGCCGCCAGGCAGCUUGGGCUAAAGACACAGCAUCUGCCCUGCUUCGCUGCUCUGCUGGGAAAUCAUAUUCUGCCUGAUGAAGACCUGGCUGCCUUCCACUGGAGCCUGCUGGGACCAGAACACCCACUAGCAUCUCUCAAGGUGCGAGCCCAUCAAUUGGUGCUGCCACCCUGUGAAGUGGUGAUCAAGGCUGUGUCAGAGUACGUCUCCUCACUUAAAGACCUUGGAAACCUGGACGCCAUCGCCAGAGAUGUCUUCAAACAGUCACCGUCUCGCAUGGAAGACAAGGUGGAUCGAUUCAAGAAAGCUGUGGAGUAUUUCUCAGCAGCCUCUAAACCACGAUCGCUUAAUGUGGGACCUCCCGCUUUCAUUUUACCUGGGUUUGGACCCACUCCAUUUGGGGGACCACCUGGCCACAUGGGACCGAUGCAUCCUGGAAAAAAUCAGUUCCCUCCUCCACAGGUGACCGGCUUCAAACCGCCUUUUGCAAACGCUCCAUUUGGACCCGGCUCCGCCCCUCUGUUCCAGAACCCACCGCUGCCAUCACAAGACUGCAAUGAUUCGCCGACAGCAAAGAUGGGCUUCUCCGAUUGGUCGGCGCCGUACGAUUCCUCUCAGGGCGGAGGGCGUUUGCCCAAUCACCACGCGGGCGCUCAGUCCGGUCCUUCUCCCUCGCCUUCCUCGUCAUCGGAUGGAGAUGAACCCAAUGACAACAAUGCGAACCAUUUGACAGACAAGUCCUCACGCUGGGAGGAGCCUGCUGGAAGGGAGGGCUCGGCUUCUGGAGACUGUUCCCAAGGCAAUGGGAGCGGGUCAAGCAUUCCAUCACUGCUGUCUAUGGCGACGCGCAGUCACAUGGACAUAACCACACCCCCUCUGCCUCAGGUUAGUGCUGAGGUUCUUCGUGUAGCUGAACACAGACACAGAAGAGGGCUGAUGUACCCACAGAUUUACCACAUCUUGACUAAGGGAGAGAUGAAAAUGCCAGUAUGUAUAGAGGACGAGUGUAACUCCGAGCUGCCUCCUGCCUCGCUGCUGUUCCGAGCUGCCAGACAAUAUGCCUACGGCGUCCUCUUCAGUCUGGCUGAAACGCACCGCCGCCUGGAAAGACUCGCCCUCCGCAAGAGAGCUCCCUUGGAAGUUCCUCCAGUGAUUGUCAAAGAGUGGAGCAGUGGUAAAGCCAAGUCCGCCCUGACUCCCGAACUGGUCCCGGCCCUGUGUUUCCGGGAGUGGACCUGCCCCAACCUCCGUCGCCUGUGGUUGGGUCGUGCCAGCGAGGACCGCUCCAGGAGAACCAGGGCCUUCCUGGCCUGCCUCCGCUCCGACUGCCCGGCCCUCCUCAACCCGACGCAGGUCCCGCAGCAUCUGCUGCUCAUGUGCUGCGUGCUCAGGUAUAUGAUGCAGUGGCCUGGAGGAAGGAUCCUCCAGAGAAAUGAGCUGGAUGCCUUUUUGGCCCAGGCCGUUUCCAACCAGCUCUACGAACCAGACCAACUACAGGAGCUGAAGGUGGAGAAGGUGGAUGCCCGCGGCGUGCAGUUGGCCGCUCUCUUUAUGGCCGGCGUCGACACGGCGCUGUUCAUCAACGAUGUGUGCGGCCAGCCGUUGCCAUGGGAACACUGCUGUCCCUGGGGCUUCUUUGACGGCAAACUGUUCCAGAGCAAACUGGCCCGUGCUGCCCGUGAUCGCGCUGCCCUACUAGAUAUGUGUGAAGGCCAGGAGGAGCUGGUGUCCAAGGUUGACAAGAUGCGGCAGGCCAUACUUGAGGGCAUCAAUCUGUCUCGUCCGCCUCCUCCACCUCCCCCUCUUCCGCCCCCUGCCUUCUUACCAUCUGCCAUGGUGCCCCCUUUCUACCCUAUGCCCCCCCUCUACCCACCUCGCCCCAUGGGCGGCAUGCCUCCUCAUCACCCGCAUCAUCCACACCACCCUGCCCAGCAUAGACCUAGAGCCUUCCCAGGCAUCCAGUCAAUACCCCCUCAGGGAGGAAAGCUGGAAAUUGCUGGCAUGGUUGUUGGCCAGUGGGCUGGGAACAAACCAAUACGCAGCAGAGGGGGGUUCAACAUGCAGGUGGUUUCAGUCGGAGCUGGGAAAGGGAGGGGUAAAGAUGUCACAGCAAAGCUAAGGGGAGGGAAAAAAGCUACUGCCAACAGAACACAGACAUCGUCACCUCCUCCAUCCAACAGUCCCCCAAAGCCCUCCGAGGAGGCGGGUUCGGCGCCAGAGGUCGCAACUCGGCAGCUGAAUGGCAGCUCGGCAGCCGUGGGACAGCCCUUGGAGCUGGCCCCCCUGGCCCAGCCAAUCCAGUGUGCCUUAGCCAGCAGAGACAACCAAUCAGAAGGGGUGCAAGCGGAGGCCCCCUGUUGCCUUGACGACUGCCCGUCAGACGGAGCGCUACAAAAGGAGGAGUGACGAUGUCCUCUGAGAGAGAGAGAGAGAGAGAGAGAGAGAGAGAGAGAGCGAGAGAGAGAGAGUUAUGUGUUUGACUGCUUUUCCCCGUCUUUGUAGCCCCGCCUGCCAUCUGUGCACGUGAUCACAUGGAGCAGGAAGCCGCCGUCGCGAGCUGCUCCGUGUGAUGCGUCCAAAACAGUUGGCUGUCACAGCGGCUAAAUCCCAUUUUUCGUUUUCUCAUGUGGUUUUAUGUUGUUUUGUUUUUUUAGAUUUUCUCCAUGAGUCUGUAAGCACCCCACCCCUCCAAAAAUAGCCUCCCUCCCGCACACAAACUCAAAUAAGCUUAAAAGGUCCGCCCUAUCACCACCACCACAUAAGCGAGACCCCCACCACCAAAAAAAAAAAAAAACCCACCCCACCCCCCAACACCCCCACCCCCGCUCCCUUCAAGUAUGGCUUCCUGUGCAGUUUCUUAUGUUGUCUUUUAACGGUCCUGUGGUUCCAAACUCUGCACACAGAGGUUACAUUCGCGCUUAACGGUGACAGAUUGGAUGUGGUUCCCACGGUUAUGGCAUCUGGGCCUGGUCGCCACGGUCGGUAGCUGUGGUUCUGUGCGGUUUGCGAUUGUCAUCUCACGUAAGGUUUGAAUUACGGGAGCUGAGCGAUAUUCAGAGCUGAAAAGAGGCGAACCGAAUCAAGUGACUCUCGUCUGUACGUUUUGCAAGAUAGUCACACUGCUCAAAUAUUGUUUGCGUUCUUGCUUAGCACGAUCUUUAUAGAUGGAUUGACUGCACCAUCAUUUUAGGAUACCUUUUUUAGCUUGACCUAUGUAGCGUAGCCUAGCUUUUAGCUGUGCUAAGAACUCCCAUGAAUUUACGCACCUUAAUCCUUAAAGUAUGAAAGGUUUUACCCAGCCCCCCUCCACCCCCCCUAAAAGUGCAUUAUUAUAUUCUAUUCCCACCCUCCUGUCCCUUUCUCCUAAAGCUUUGAUUGUACUUCCCAACACAAGCACUUGAUGUUGUAUUUAAAUGUAAAAAGUUUUUUUUAAGACAAAAAAAAGAGAAGCCCCUGAUACCAAUUAAUUGACAUUGUGUGGGGUGCGCGUCUAAGUAAAUGUUAAUGAUGACAGAGAACUACAUUUAAAGGUAGAGAUAUAUUUGAGAGACAUCAGAAUGUGUACAGAGUGGUUCCAGACAAAGAGGCACUUUGUUUUUCCAAGAUGUAAAACCACACUGGACGGUCCUCUGACAGGUGAUCGAGAAGUCAAACACCUUGAGGCACCUUUCGAGAGUUAAAGGCCAAAAAGACAAGACUGCUGCGGCCCAGCAGAUAACGGAAGGUUCCUCGCAGACCCUGCAAAGCAGCCUAAAACAUUCACUAAAGAACUUUUGAAGGACACCCAGUUCUCCUUUUCUGGGAAUUGUCGUCCCUUUCAGAAAAGUCAUGUCCAAAGUGUAUUUUAAUGCGCCUAGCCGACCGCCGAUGUAAAAGGGGCGCGCCACCUUAGCCUCAAAGAUCCCUCCAUCCUCGUGGUGGCGAUUGAGGAAGUGCUGUCUUAAUGCUAAGAGCAGCGCGCGCCACCGAGCUCUGGCGUGUCACUUAUAGACCAACAGAAUGCACUUUCCUGCCCUAGAGGAACUCUGCCGAGCAAGGCGAAGGCUUCGUGGGUGGGAACAUGUCAGAGUUCCCCUCCCGCACCCCCACGAGUGUCCCGCUCACAUCCGGAGACUACGGUAGUGAAUUGUUUUCGUUAGAGCACUUAUGUUUGUAUAGAAGCAGGUGUCCCCCACAGUAGGUUUCUUCUGAUAACGGAAAUACAAGUUAUAUAUACAGAACAACUGCACGUUUGAAGGCAGUAGACAUCUAACCGAGCGCAUCGAUCGAUGUGUGCUCAUCACAGACUAAAAGGCAAGUCAACAAGAAAGCACCUUAUUUUCAUACCAUGUUGAUGACUUGUGCUCUUUCGCGUGUCGCAAAAUUGACAUGGAUAUUGUUUUGAAGGACAAAAACAUGACUGUGUGUGAGUGUCAAUGUAGUCGCGUCAGACAUCCCCCUUGUUACGAACACAACCAUUACAGUUGAGACGCCGACGGCCCCCCCCGGCCGGCCACGAGCGCUCGUCACGCCGCCGGGCCGCGCUCGCUGUCGUCUCUUGAACACCAAAUGAAAGGAAAAUGAUCAACUUACAACGCAGAGUGCUGUACGUUGUCAUAGGUUAAGAGUAGGUGACCACGUCAAUGGACUCAAAACACUCAAGACAUCACGAAUAGGCUAGAGAAUACGGUUCCACUGGCCGAAACGCUUUACAGCGAGACUUCCUGGGAGUCGCGUACUUAACUGCUUUCAACUAUUUUGACAUUAGGACAUGUAUUGCAAUAGUACAUUGUUGGAGGAUGGCGUUUCUGCGGCGAGCCAGAGUGUGAUCUGGUAUAUGAUGCCCUCUACCGAUUUGCUCGCCACUCGUACACACGCAGGCACGCACACACACGCACGCACGCACACACACACACACACACCUUGGACAAAUAGAAAUUCAGUUGCGUUUGUUACCAGCAGCAUUCUCUCUGCUUUCGUGCCGAAGUGAUAUAUUUGUGCAGUUUCAGUUGCCAGUGGAGUGCUUGUCAGUUCAUUGGAGAUCAUUUGGUAACACAUUCGACUGACUUUGAAUCCCUGCACUCACUUUUGCAUGGACACAUGAAAAAUACAUGUUAGAAGUUUCAGGUAGGCACACAGACACGCACGAACACACACGCAUAUACGUAGAUGUUAAACCCUGAGUUACACAGUAGCUAGUAUGGAUCAAACAGCAACACAUGACAAUGUAGUAUCCCUCUUUUGUCCUCGUCUGUUUUCGUUCGGUAGAGAUUUGAUUAGUGACCUUUUUUAUUUCGUUUUUUAUGCUUGUUAACCUGACCACCGCUUCCCCUGCUUUGAUUCAUUGUCCCCUCCUCUACCGCCACACUUUUCUUUUUCUAUGCUCUGCUCUUUAUCUUCCACAGUGCACGCACACACACACCACACACACACACACACACACACACAUGCAUUUUGGUCCCCACGAAGUGACAAGACUACUAAGGACUAAGGUCCCCCCGAUUCCAUGUCAUGAAACAAAAAAACAAAAAACAAAAACGCUGCGUGCGUAUCUCCAACUUAAGAAAUGUAUACAUAAUAUUUUUUACGUGAAUAUCUUUUGGGGCAGGAUACUUUCAGCUCGAUAAUACAAUAUUUACCAAGUCUUUAACUCUUUCAAGACACAUCUUCACAUUGUUUGACAAGAUACAUCUCGAUGACAAAAGUUUUUAUUUCCAACUUUGAGCUGGUUUGCCUCACAGCUCGUCAAGGAUUGCUUCGUGGGGACCACGCUGUCACGUCUGUUCUAGUUGAUACGCUCACACACAUACACAAUGGUAUAAUCCUCCAUGAAUUUCUCUUUCCCCACCACGCCUCCUUGCUUGUCCUGUAGCCCUAGGAUCAUUUGUAUCGGCGGCCGUUUUCUUUUCUCUCGAGGCUGCCCUGCCCCUUAAUCAACCCAACUAACAGUAAAGGUUAUAUUAACGUUAAUAAUCAGUUUCUGUAUGUAUCUAGCCAGAGUUUGAAAAAAAAAUCUGAAAAAAACUGUUAAAUUCAGUUGUGCAAAUGUGUUUUUCUUACUAUUUUAAUGUUAUUACAUCUAAUCCUUCAACCAUUGCUUCAGUUAGUACUGAAAUACGCUUAGCCAACCUAGAGAUUUGAACUGUAAUAAUUGCGAUUUUCCUCACCUUUAUAUGGCAUCUUUAGACAGUUUCACCAUUAAUGUACGUAAGUAAAUAUUGCCCGUUAUCGAUUGAGAGCCAUUGUCUGCACUGUUGAUUUUCAUAAUAUCCCUGAUGAUAAUUUUGUGGUCAAUCUAAGCUGAACUCUGCGCCCUUGCACAAAGCAGCGGAACAUCUCACCUGAGAACCAAAGUACACCUAGCAUCCCCUUUAACCCCCCCCCCCCCUCCUCCCCACCACCACCAAUAGUCUAUCCCCCCCUCCCGCGAAUGUCGACAGCUUGCCCUGAGUUUAUAGACGAGUCAGAAUAUAUAUAUAUGUAUAAUGACAUUGCAGCACAUGUGAUUUAUGUGACAAGACUGAGGCAAUGGCGGCUGUAGACCGCGGUUGUCACAGAGAUGCAAACAGACAGGGAAGCAGGGAGGAAGUGUGAACAGCGAUGCCGAGUGCUUGUUCGCGACUUCCACAUUGACUGAAUUUAGGCUGUGUGAACCCGCCGCACAUGCACGUCAGAUCCAGUACGCGGGAAGCAACACCGUUGGAUUUAAAAAAUACUCACUCGGGUUGGUAGGAUCCCUUUUUCUGUCCCCUUGAUUUUUCUAAUGUUGUUGCCUUAAUCCCCACGAGUGCACACCAAAGUGGGCCAGUUUUCCUCGAAAAACACAGCUUACAGAUAGAUGGCCGUAAAUUGAAAUGAUUAUCACGUCCAUUUGUUUUAACUCUUCACCCCCUAAGGUGAGCAUUUUAGAGUGCAAGCCUCCACUAAAAAUCCGGAGGCUGUUUUUGUUUUAAUUUGUUUUUAAUUUGUAGAUUAAGAAGAAAAAAGUUGUUUUACCAAUCAGGGAAAGGAUUGAGCGUUCCCAAAUUCUCAGCUGUUGUUUUGCAAGGAAAACUUGACUGACAAAUUGACGCAGGCCGCCCAUCACGUUGCCCAAGCUAGUGGGAGUCUCCCAGAAGAGUCCGACCGACAAUGUUCGACUUGCUGAAGUCCCGGGGAAGAAAAGUGCUGUGCAGUGUCAGCGUAAAACAGUAUUAAUGUUGUUAAGUGUGGAAAAGAAUCUCCGCUUGCCUUGCUUGUACCUGCUCUGAUCAAUUUGCGAGAUUAUCACAGCAUUAUGUCCAGAUUCAAUAAAGGUCCCUAUCAGUCGGUCUCUACACUGCCACUUCCCUCUCAGCAGCCCUCCUGACGGCGUAUUAAUAAACCCUGCAUCCCCUCCACCCGUACCCCCUCCCCCCAAACCCCCCCAACCCCCCUGCAAAGGUGCUCCAUUUGAUCAACACGGGCAUUUGUUGCCACGUUGUUCAAACAUGCCUUCAGCAUACACUUCAAUACCCAGGACCACCCGCCGAAACUACCUGUGCAGCAAAAAGGGUUCAAAUAUAUCCAUGAUAUUAUUGUUAUAGAGAUAUUAUCAUCAUCAUCAUCAUUGCUGUUAUAAUUAUGGUUGGUAUCAUUUGUCAUCAUUGUUAGCAUUAUGGAAGCACCAGACUGUUUGUGGAAAGAUGAGAAGGGGGGAAAAAAAAAAGUCUGUGACAUUUUUUUUUUGUCUGAGUGUUGGUAGUCUGAUCUUACAGAUGGAGGGGAGGAGGAAUGGUUCAGAAAGAGACAACCAUGGCAGUCAUGUUUGUACUGGUUGGGAAAUGACUUACA